AUGGGCCAGAGGCACCAAGUCUACCUCAUCGCUCGUGUACGCCCCCACGGCGCUCCAGCCGGCCACCCUGGCAAUCGUCGUUGCAUUGCCGGCUUCCACCACCAAUGGUGCUAUGGCUCCAUCCCGCUCGGUGCUACCCGUCGCUUCCUAGAUCUCCUUCGCCAGCCCCAGAAUGCCGCCAUAGUACUCGCCGAAAUUCGCAACCUUGACGGCAAGUAUGGUUCCAGCGUCGCGAUCCCUCCCACGAUCCCAGGCGUUCCGUGUCCUUACACCACCGCCCUCCUCGGCGUUGCGUGGACGACCAAUCUCGAAGAGGAUGCACAAGACGGCUACUAUACAAGCAAAUCCUCCCUGCCGUUUGACUGUGUGCCCGCUUCAGAUAGCUGCUGGGCCACUCGAAAUGACGACGGUAUCACCAUUAUUGAUGUCACCGAUCCCCAAACUCCGGAGUUUUGUCUCAUUACGGACUCCACGCUACUCGACGCCCAUGCAUACAUCUGUCGGUACUACGAAGACAUCCCCAAACCAACAGAAGACACAAUCGAUCAUGACGGGCCUGGGCCCGGCUCGGAUGAUAUGUUCGACUGGCCCACCUACGAGAGGCAUGGCCGCAUGUACGCUUCGACGACCCUCCGGCCCGGCAAGUCCAGUCGUCAUCCCGUACCGACUCGCAUACUUACUCUGCCUGCUUCUCUGAUUGCGCGCCAAGCGGUGGAAACCGGAUGUCUUGACGACCUCGUUCAACUCAGCCGUUUACCAGAGGGGGCCUUACAGGUCAGGAGCGCCAUCGGAGGUUUCAUGCACUACCCAGACAAUGCGAUGGACCUUCUUGAAGAGGUCUUGCGGGAGACGCACAGGAAGCACCGAAGCUUCAUCGACUUGUCUGAUAUCCAGCUCUCUCUCGAGCAGAUCCUCCAGGUUCUAUCUGGAUGGGACGCGGAGGUCAACUGGCUCAACCUCUCUGGCAACACCGUCAUCAGCGUAGGCGACAUCAUUCCAAUCUUAGCUGCCGUGCCUCGCAUCCGACUACUCCAUCUUGUGGGUUGUUCGUCUGUCGAAGAUGUUCCGCUCCUCGCUCUCCUUCAAAACUACCCUCCGGAGCUACGCUGUCUCGAGGGUAUCAUUCAUCCAGCUCUACUGAAGAUCGAACGGAUGCAGCCACCGGAUAUGAAACCGUUCCCCUCUGCCUUCACCUUCGUCCACUUCCACGAAGGCUACUCGUAUUACCUGUCAGAUGUGGAUAGACGAGUCGAGGCUCACUCGACCUACUCGUCCCUAGCGCUAUUCACUCCCGCUCAAAUCAUCCAAUCCAUCUCAGACGUACUCCCGUCUCUCACCCAUGAUGCAAGAUCCUCAGAGAAGCACAUCGUCACUCCUGAGGCCACGGUAUUCUUUGGGUGUGCCGCUCUCCACGGAUGCACUCGGGAGCUCGACCAACCUUGGAGGAUGCGCACCGUAGCCAGCAUACCCUUCACGACAUCGGGAGUCCCGCGCGACGCGAACGUGCUCUGGGCGGAGGGACGGGGCGCGGGGCGCAGGGAAGAAGACGUCGAUAACACGGCCACCGACCGGGAUGGCAUCCAGAUACCUCUCGCCGUGGUGUACGAGGCCGAGGUCCACCAUCUGCAGGGAUUCUUGGAAUCGAUGGCGCAAGAAGGACGGCCUAUGCCGACUCAGGCCGUGGUCGAGCGGCUGCAAGGCAUGCUCGACGUGAAGGCAUCCUCGGAAUCAAUGGUGCGAGGAGGACGACGCAAGGCCGCGGUCGAGCAGGCACAGGUCUUGCUCGACACGAAAAAUGCUGCCCGCGUCUUGUUCCCCUUCCUGCCGAACAUUAGCGCCGAUGAGCUCGAGAAGUAA